AUGUCUCGAGCUGGCAACUUAUGCUGUCUCGUAAUCCUGUUCCUCACGCUCCCAAGGCUUCAAAGGCCACUGCUGCUGCCGCGCCAAUUUGGCCACGGCUACGGUCGCACGGCAUUGCGGGCUGAGGAAGUGAAGUCUGGCCCAUCUCCCGAGGCAUGGCGAGAAUUUCGGGCGCAACUCAUCGCACGAGAAUCACAAGAGGCGCAGAAUCGGCAGAACCGCAGCCGUGUGCAGCGCGUGGCGCCGAAGAACGAAGCAUUGCUGCGCGCCCAAAGCGAGGAUCUGUGGAACGAGUACAUGAGUGGUGCCUGGGCCCACGUCGUGCCGGUGGAAGUCGGGGGGCUGCUGUGCCGCAGUCCUUUGCCAGCGCAGCUGACGUGGCUGAUGCGGAAGGAUGCUGAUUUCAUUUGGGCCAAGAAGCUUCGCAAGCUGUUGGAAGAAGAGCUGCCCGAGAUUGAUGGCCGACCACGCAAGGAACUGUUCCAGGCAUGGUCCAAGAACACCAUGUUCUGCUACAGACUGGCCGAUCGCCUCACAAACGAAGCAUUGACUAAAAUUGUGCAGAAAAAUCUUCGAAGCCUCAAUAUGGAAGACAAAGAGUUGAUUGUUCUCUACGGUGAUAUGGAAAGUACUUGGCAGUCCGUUUGCCUUGUGCUGGGCGUGGACUCAGCCGACAUGGUUACCGAAGCAGUUGCCAUAAAUCGACCUUUCUCCAGGUCGGUAGAUGAGCAACUAGCACGACUACUCCUCUUUGGAGAAAAAAAAAAUGAGCUUCACCCGAAGGAGCAAAUGCUUCUGCAAGGAUGUCUUGCUGCCUUUGGUGAGGCAGCAGUCUAUUUCGGUGGCCCACAUGACCUCAACAAUCCAGGUCUCCUGGUACAUGGCUUCUCCGACCUCAUGGGGGCUGAAGAGAUUGCGCCAGGGACUCGAAUCUACAAAGGAGGUGUAGAGGCAGCAAUUGAUGCGAUACGUGCUGGCAGGAAACAUCCACUCGACUUUCGAUGGUUUCUUGGACGUCACAAGGACCUCAGCACACAAGACUUCAGCUGGGUUUCCGUGGCCUGUGCUCGGCCUGUGGCGCUGAAGCAAUGCUUGGGGCUCCCGAAGCCCCUGUGGCACGAGGUCAUGGAACUCUGUGGCGGUGAACAUGCAGAGCUGAGCAGUGUCGAAUUGCGCAAACGAAAGGAAUAUGAGGACGAAGAUGAGCCCGAUGAAGAUAGCAGAAGUGAAUAG